GCCUGGAGCCCAGCGGCGGCUUCGGGCCUGUCUCUUUAGCAACGACUGAAUUGCUUUUAGCUUGAUUCUUUUCCGAGAGAUUGGAAAAGGCGGGGGCCUGAUCGUGGGGUUCGGGCCAGCGUUUCUUUUCUCUCUGGACGGGGCAAAGUUCCAGGACUGGAUGUGUGUCACGGUGAUGAUCCUGCAGGAAGUGCAGGAGAGACUCCCCGGUGGCUUUCGAGAGAACAGGUUUUUGUACUGAUAUCGGCAGCUUCGAUGAACUUAGGUUCCAUGAUGUGCUAUUCUAUACUUGGACCCUUUUUCCCCAAGGAGGAGAACGUAGAAUGUCAGGGGAGCAUCUCUCACCUGUGUUGUUGAUGACAGGAAGGAAAACUGUCUUCUCCAAACUGUCAGGCUGAAAAGAAGGGAACCAGCAAUAUGAUUAUCGGUAUGAUCUUUGGAUGUUUUGCUUUGUUCGAGUUGCUGGCAUGCUUGGUAUUUGGAAACUAUCUUGUACAUAUUGGAGCAAAAUUUAUGUUUGUAGCAGGAAUGUUUGUCUCAGGAGGAGUUACAAUUCUCUUUGGUGUAUUGGACCGAGUUCCAGAUGGACCAGUAUUUAUUGCUAUGUGUUUUCUAGUGAGAGUAAUGGAUGCAGUUAGCUUUGCUGCAGCAGUGACUGCAUCUUCUUCUAUCCUGGCAAAGGCUUUUCCAAAUAACGUGGCUACAGUAUUGGGAAGUCUCGAGACGUUUUCUGGACUGGGGCUAAUACUAGGUCCUCCUGUAGGUGGCUUUUUAUAUCAGUCCUUUGGCUAUGAAGUGCCCUUUAUUGUUCUGGGAUGCAUCGUUUUGCUGAUGGUACCACUGAAUAUGUAUAUUUUACCCAAUUAUGAGUCUGAUCCAGGUGAACACUCAUUCUGGAAACUGAUUGCUUUACCCAAAGUUGGCCUUAUAGCCUUCGUCAUCAACUCACUCAGCUCAUGUUUUGGCUUCCUUGAUCCUACUCUGUCUCUCUUUGUUUUGGAGAAGUUUAAUUUACCAGCUGGAUAUGUGGGACUAGUAUUCCUGGGUCUGGCACUGUCCUAUGCCAUCUCUUCACCACUAUUUGGUCUCCUAAGUGAUAAAAUGCCACCUCUAAGGAAAUGGCUUCUGGUGUUUGGCAACUUAAUCACGGCUGGGUGCUACAUACUCUUAGGGCCUGUCCCAGUCUUGCAUAUUAAAAGUCAGCUUUGGCUGCUGGUGCUGAUACUAGUUGUAAAUGGCAUCUCUGCCGGAAUGAGUAUAAUUCCAACUUUCCCGGAAAUUCUCAGUUGUGCACAUGAAAAUGGGUUUGAAGAGGGAUUAAGUACAUUGGGACUUGUAUCAGGUCUUUUCAGUGCAAUGUGGUCAAUCGGUGCUUUUUUAGGACCAACGCUGGGUGGAUUUCUGUAUGAGAAAAUUGGUUUUGAAUGGGCAGCAGCUAUACAAGGUCUAUGGGCUCUGAUAAGUGGAUUAGCCAUGGGCUUGUUUUAUCUACUGGAGUAUUCAAGGAGAAGAAGGUCUAAAUCUCAAAACAUCCUCAGCACGGAGGAGGAACGAACUACUCUCUUGCCUAAUGAAACCUAGUCUGAUGGAUCCUGGAUUGAUACAAAAUUGAGAAAUAAAUGCUUCUGGCCUUAAACAUCACUGUAGGAAGGGUUUCUACAAUUUUACGCACAAAACUCCGUGGACCCCAUGCCAGUGUCUUGGAAGUGUCAACGUGUUUUUGGAUGAUCUUGUAUUGGGUUGUACUUACUGUGAUACUGAAAAGCAGUCCUGCUGAACUAGCUAUAUUUGAAAUAUUAAGUAUGAAAGGGGUAAUUAAAAACAAGCAAAACAAAACAAAACAAAACAAAACUUAGUUUUUAAGUGACCAAACUUGUCCUUGAAGAUGUUGUUAUUAACUUGAGUUAGUUCUCAUUUCCUCUGUUUUUUUUUUAUUCUGAGUACACUAAUUCUGUGAAUGUACUUUUUUAUGAACAGGGAAAUAAAUGAACUAAUUUGAUAUGCUCUAAAUGUAUAAAGGUGCUUCAAAAUAUACAGAAACAUUACUAUGAAAUCAGUUUUUAAAAGAUAUACUUUCUCUUUGUCCUGAGGUUUUUCGGUCCUGUUCAAAAGGAAGAAUUCUUGCCUGCCAUACAGAAACUCUCUAGCACUCCCUGGCUUUAAACGUUUCUAAAAAGUCUGUUUGUGUGAAAAGUACAAGAAUAACAAUACUUACAACUUCCAUUUUUGUAACUUACGUUCACUUAUGAUCUGGAUUUAUAAACAUUACUUGGUAUAACGUUGUUCAUUUCCUUUAAUGUCUCUGUUUUUUGGUUCUGCCAUCUGUUUUGUUUUUGUUUUUAUCCAUAUUCUUGGUAGAUGUAUUUCAUCCCUAGAGCAGGUCAGCCUCCUUCCCCUAAUGCAAAUACUUGUUUUGUUAGGGAAGGGCUUCCUCCAACUUCGUGUGAAAUCCAUGAUGUUGUUAAAGUGAAUAAAUGUCUAUUGUGUAACUCUCA